AUGCUGGCUACAAAGAAGGAAAAUACUUCAACUCUCACGAAUUCCUUGGAAAGGGAAGCUGCUGUUGUACCGGAAGAGCAGAAUAAUAACGAUAGCAAUAACAAUUCGUUAUCUUUGAACUUGAGAAAGGAUAAGCCACAACUCGUGUCUUCUGCAUCAAAUUCAACCUCCACUUCUACAUCUAAUAACAAUACACAAUCUCCAGAAUAUACUUUCUCCAAUCUUUCUUUCGAUUAUAAUUUCCGUACAGAUUCCGCUCAAACAAUGGUAAACAAUAGCACAAUUAAUUUAAAAGCUGGCUUUUUAGAUUCAAAUACUCCAAAUUCAACAACUACAACUAACAAUAAAAGCAAAUCAGGGAACCAUUACAACUCUAACAACAAGAUUUCCGUAUCCAAUUCACUAUCUUCCUCUACAACAAGAUUAGAUACAGAUUCUUCCACUAUAAAGGAUGAAUUAUCUUCACCAAAUCCUCAUUCUUUAGCUACACCCACGGCAAUGAAUGAUUUAUUAGCCAUGUUAGAUGCAAAGGAACAACAUCCAACAAAUGUAAAUUCUUCUUCCAUCAUUUCAUCAUCAAACUUGAAUUCAGGUGCCACAUCACAAACUUCAUCUUCUCCCUUAAACGCUACUUCUUUACAAUUACAAGAUGCAUUGUCACCAUUAUUGAAUGAUCAUCAUCGUACUUUCAAUCCAAAUAUCUUUUUGGACUCACAAAAGAAUUUGUCAAAAUUUCAAAAAAGAUCGUCACAAAAUUCUGCCAUUGACAUUAAUGAAAUGGUAUCUGCAAAGGGGACAAAUCUUCCACAGGCAACAAACAAUAACUCGUUCCUCGAUGAUUUGGUCUCCACAGACUUAUUGAUGGACGAAGAUUUAACGCACAAUGACAAUGACAAUGAUAAUAAUGAUAACGAUAACAACAAUAAUAAUGAUGAUGAAACACAAACAAUAAGAGAAAUUAAGAGAAGAUUAAGUGAAGUCGUAUCACCUUCAUUCCCAACAAUGACAGAUUCACGUAAUUCCAUCUCUCACUCAAUUGAUUUUUGGAAUUUGCCAACUGAUACAAAAAAUAAUAAUAAUAAUAAUACUAAUGACAAUGCAAUUGAAUUGGAUGAACCAGAAAUAAUUAAUAAUGAAUUACACGAUACAUUUAGUGAUUACAGUAUGAAUUUCAACAAUAACGAAAAACCAAAGCAACAACAAGUGCAACAAGUGCAACCUACAACAUUAAAUGAAUUAGUGAGAAAGAAUUCAAUUGCAAGCCCCAAGAGUCCACCAUUAAAUCGUCGUAGAUCAAGUGUGGGAAUCUUGAAACAUCCUGCUCAAAGAAGUUUCAUGCCCGUAUUCGAUACUGAUCUAUCAGGUGAAUUAUUCGAUAAAUUAUACAAUAAUGAUAACGUUAAAGUGGUCCCAUGGGAAAAUUCAUUAUUAUCCGAUGAUGAAGCUGAAGAAUUAGGUAUAUCUCAUAGAAAUAGUUUGAAUGUAUUCAAAUCUCCAAUUAUACCACAAACCUCCAACGUAAAUAUCGAUAAUAAUGAUAACAUUGCACAAACAUUAAAUUCAUUUAAUAUGAAAUUCCAAGAAAGUAUCGAUAAUACAACAACUCACAGUUUAAUGAAUUCACCACCAAAUCCAAAAUUUAUUAAACCUUCCAUGAUGUUGAAUGAUAAUGCCUCAAUGGCAGCUAAAUUGGCUACCACGGGUGUGGAACAAUUUGAUAUGAUCCCCAAUAUGACUGAAAACUCUACUCAAAAUUAUGAUAUUUCAUUAAGUUCUCCAAUUGAUUUGCAAAAUGCAUUUUCAUCAUUAUCAUCAAUGGCAUCACCAAUUCCAAAUAUCUUACCUACAACGGCUUCUUCUGCCACAGGAAGUUCCAAACAAAUUAAUCCAAGAAGAAGAAAAUCAAGUAUUUCACCAACAAGCCCUCACAACAAUAGUAAUAAUUCAACAGCUCAUACAUCAAGAAGAGCAAGUGUAAGUGUUACUCCCGGGUCUCUUGAUGAUAAGAACAAACCAUUCAAAUGUAGCGAGUGUAUUAAGGCAUUUAGACGCAGUGAACACUUGAAAAGACAUAUACGAUCCGUUCAUUCAUCAGAACGUCCAUUUGCAUGUAUGUUCUGCGAAAAGAAAUUUAGUAGAAGUGAUAAUCUAUCACAACAUUUGAAAACACACAAGAAACAUGGUGAUUUUUAA